ACCGUAAGAGAUUAGGCAUCCAUUAUUGAGUGAAAGACAGUGCUAAAUAAAACUCAUAAAUUUGACAUUUUAUAUACUCAGCCAAGAAGGAGCAAACUGCAGCAAAAAUCACAGAAUGGCUGAAUUAAACACUAACCAAAAACAAAAACAAAAACAUUUUGUUCUAGUGCAUGGUGCUUGUGUUGGAGCUUGGUGUUGGUACAAGCUUAAACCAUUGUUAGAAUCCGUUGGUUACAAGGUCACAACACUUGACCUUGCAGCUUGUGGCAUCGAUACAAAGAAAAUUGAAGAUGUAAAUACUUUUUUUGAUUACUCUAAGCCUUUGUUGGAGUUUUUGGCCUCACUUGCUCCAAAUGAAAAAGUUGUUCUUGUUGGACAUAGCUUUGGAGGUUUGACUUUAGCUCUUGCAAUGGAUAAAUUCCCAGAAAAAAUUGAAAUUGGAGUUUUCAUAGCUGCUUUUGUUCCUGAUACCCAACACAAACCUUCAUAUGUCCUACAACAGUAUAUUGAGAGAUACCCAAUUAGUGGAUGGUUAGACGCCAAGAUUUCAUUUAGUGAAAGCAAAAUGUUGUUCCUUCCUGGCUCAAAGUUCUUAUCCACAAAAUUCUUUCAACUCUGCUCCACUGAUGAUUUAGAAUUGGUGAAGAGUUUAAUAAGGACAGGGUCAUUUUUUCUUGAGGAGUUGUCUGAGGGAGAAUUUCAACAAUGGAUGAUUCAUAAUGCUGCUGGAAUUGAUGUUGUUAAGGUCAUCAAUGGAGCUGAUCAUAUGGCUAUGCUUUCUAAACCUCAACAGCUUUUUUUAUUUCUCAUUGAGAUUGUUGGUAAACAAAUUAAUUUGGCUUCUUUGCAAUCCAAAUAUCCGCAAAAAGGCUUGUGCGUAUGCAAGUGUUACAUGAACAAGCUAUGUUACUGUCUAACAGAUUCUCUUCUGCUGCAAAAAUGCAGCAUCACAACCUCAUUGCAAGAGGCGCGUCAACUCCACGCUCUCCUAUUAACUACCCCCAACGCUUUUGUCUCCAAAUCUGCAUUUGUUUACAACAACGUCAUCUCCAUGUAUGCACGUUGUGGUUCACUCAAAGACGCUCAUCAAGUGUUCGACAAAAUGCCUCACAGAACACUUGUUUCUUACAAUGCACUUCUUGCAGCAUAUUCUCGAUUAUCACAAUAUUAUUCUAUUUAUGCCCUAAAUUUGUAUACCCAGAUGGAAUAUAAGGGUAUUAGGCCUUCCAGCAUGACUUUUACUAGCUUACUUCAAGCAUCUUCUUUGUAUGGAGAUUUGUGGAUUGGAUCAUUACUUCAUGCAAAGAGCUUGAAGUUUGGGUUUUUGAAUGAUAUUUGUGUUCAAACUUCUUUGCUUAAUAUGUACUCGAAUUGCUUGGAUUUGAAUUCUGCUGAAUUGGUGUUUUGGGAUAUGAAUAACAGAGACGAUGUUGCUUGGAAUUCUUUGAUUGUUGGAUAUUUGAAGAAUGAUAAGAUCAAGGAAGGUGUUUAUCUAUUUAUUGAAAUGAUUGGAGCUGGUUUUAAUCCAACCGAAUACACGUAUUGUAUGGUUUUGAAUGUUUGUAGUCGUCUGAAAGAUUAUCUUUCUGGGAAACUGAUUCAUGCUCAUGUGAUUCUUAGGAAUGUGUCACUGGAUUUACAUCUGCAAAAUGCGCUUGUUGACAUGUAUUGCAAUUUUGGUGAUACACAAACGGCGUAUAGGAUUUUUAGUAGGAUGGAAAACUGGGAUUUAGUUUCUUGGAAUUCUAUGAUUGCUGGAUAUUCUGAGAAUGGGGAUGGAGAGAAGGCAAUGAAUUUGUUCGUGCAGUUGAAGGGAUUGAAUUUUCCUAAACCAGAUGACUAUACUUACGCUGGCAUUGUAUCUGCAACCGGUGCAUUCCCGUGCUUCAAUUAUGGAAAACCUCUUCAUGCUCAGGUUAUUAAAGCAGGAUUUGAGACAAGUGUGUUUGUUGGAAGCACUCUAGUGUCAAUGUAUUUCAAAAAUCAGGAAACUGAAGCAGCUCAGUGUGUAUUUUAUUCAAUCGCGGGAAAGGAUGCUGUUCUGUGGACUGAAAUGAUCACUGGUUAUUCUAAAAUGGCUGACGGAAUGAGUGCAAUUAGAUGCUUUUCUGAAAUGCAUCAUGAAGCCCAUGAGAUUGACGAUUAUGUUCUAAGUGGAGUUUUGAGUGUCUGUGCGGACCUUGCAAUUUUAAGACAAGGUGAAAUGAUUCAAUGUUAUGUUUUGAAGUCGGGUUAUGAUGUUGAAAUGUCUGUUUCUGGGAGUCUAAUCGAUAUGUAUGCCAAAAAUGGUUGCCUUGAAGUUGCAUAUAUGGUGUUUUCUCAAGUUUCAAAUCCAGAUUUGAAGUGUUGGAACUCAAUGCUUGGAGGAUAUAGUCACCAUGGAAUGGUGGAUGAGGCAUUGAAACUUUUUAAUGAGAUUAUUGAACACGGUCUAGGUCCAGAUCAAGUAACAUUCUUGUCGCUAUUGUCUGCAUGCAGCCACAGUAAAUUGGUUGAGCAAGGAAGACUACUAUGGAGUUAUAUGAACAGCAUUGGUCUGGUUCCUGGGCCUAAGCACUACUCUUGCAUGGUAACUUUGUUGAGUCGCGCAGCAUUACUGGAAGAAGCGGAAGAAAUCAUCAAAAAAUCACCUUAUUUGGAAGACAAUGUUGAUUUAUGGAGAACUUUGCUAGGUGCUUGUGUUCUAAAUAAAAGUUUGAAAGUGGGAGUUCAUGCAGCAGAGGAAGUUUUGAGAUUGAAUGCAGAAGACGGUCCAACUCUUGUUUUGCUUUCUAAUCUUUAUGCUGCUGCAGGGAGAUGGGAUGAAGUUGCUGAAAUAAGAAGAAAUAUGAGGGGAUUGAUGAUGGAGAAAGAUCCUGGGUUAAGUUGGAUUGAGGCCAAGAAUGAUAUUCAUGUGUUCUCAUCUGGUGAUCAAUCACACCCUAAGGUUGAUCAGGUGCAGGCUGAAUUGCAUAGGCUUAAAGGAAAUAUGAUUAGAACAGAAAAUUACGACAGUGAGGCAUAAAAUGUAUGCUACAUAAGUUACACAAGCUAAGCUUAUGAUAUAGUGGAAUUUAACUAAAAAGUAAAUGUAUUAAAGGGAGUAAAGUUUUAGAGGUAAAAUAGAUAAUGAUUGAAAUCUAGGGAAUAGAGAUAUUAGGUUGUACUUUGUGGUUGUAAGAAGAGGGUUGAUUACUACUAUAUUGUGCAAAUGUCUUAGAUCAUGCCUCUAUUGAGGUUUAGCCAAACUCAAUGCAUCUCUUGUUUGGAAAAUUACAUUUUAUUUUUUGUAUUAUAUCGUUACACUAA